GACGUUUUCAACUUGUUUAUUUAUAUUUUUAAUUUCAUUACUCUUUUUAUAAUUUCUAAAUCAAAAUGCCUUCUUUUUGUGUUGUAUUGGAUUGUGAACAAAAAUAUGCUCAUACUGAUGAUGUCUCAUUUCACAGAUUUCCAAAAGAAGAAGAAUUGUCGAACCAGUGGAAGAAUUUCACGGGAAGAUGCGAUGAUUGGCAUCCGUCAAGAUGGUCAGCCAUAUGUAGCAGACACUUCAAAGACAGUGACUUUCGAAAAUAUGCGACAAGAAAAAUACUCAAAAAAAAUGCAAUUCCAACGAUUACGAGCUGUCGAAAUGUGGGAUCCAAUAUUCUUGCAACAAAUGGAAACCUUAGCCAAUCUAUUUCAAAAGAAAACGUAAAAGUAAUAAAUGAUUCUGAAACUUACGAAAAUAAAAUUUUCGGAACUGACACCAAAGAAUCAAAGAUAAUUUCUUUCGAACAUCAUCUGCAAUCCAGAGAUUCAAACACAGUAACCACUUCCGAAACGGAGAAUGCCUUAAAUAAUGUUUCAGAAAUUUUAAGUAUACCAUUAGAGAUGCCUUUAUGUAUUGAGUCACAAAACUUAGAGCAAUGCAACAUAUCCCAACAGGAUAUUGCCAAUAACGAUACUCAACAAUACGACAUAAAUUUAAGCGUAAAUUCAAGUUUUUUAAAUUUUUAUGAAUCAUCCACAGCGCCUUGUAGAUUAUGUGGCCAAGAAGACCAUAUAACGAAUUCUUUUCUGAAUGACUUUGAAAUUUUCGGAAUGAUUCAAAAAUGUAUGCCAACUUUAAAUAUACGACAAGAUGAUAUGUUUUCCAAAGAAGUUUGUUCUAACUGUUUAGAGCAACUGGAAAACUUUAACGCUUUUGUAGAUCAAGUAAUUUUACAUCAGAAGAAUUUAAUGGAAAAUGUACAAGCUGUUAAGCAAUUAGGGAAACAUUCCACAGUUAUUUCAUCAGUGAAAAUAAAACAAGAGCCAGUUAAUAAUAUGAAGAUGAACAUAAAACAAGAAAUUUUAGAUACACAAAUUUCCCAACAUAAUGAAGGGACUAUAGAUGACCGUGACAAUCAUUUGAAUUCUGUACAGUUUAAUAUUCAAGAUCAAGAUGAACCAUUUCCAAUUGAACCAGAACCUAAAGAACAAAAAUUCUUACGAGAAAGUAGUUCUUUAACUACUCGAGAAAUCGUAAAAAACUGUGAUAUAAUUGAAAUAAUAAAUUUGGAAGACGGUUAUAUAGACAUACCUGAUGAUGAAAUAGAUGAUCCACAAAAUGGCAUUGAACAAAUAAAUACAAACGAAAAUCAUCCAAAAGUAAUAGACAAUAAAGAAAUAAGAAUAAAAAAGAAGAUAACUGAAGAUGUAGAAUCUUUUUCUAAGGAAAACAUAGUUCGGCCACGUGUAGUCCAAAAUGUUAUAGGGGAGCAUAAUUAUACCAGAAAUUGUGAUGUCGAAUUUGAUCUAAUUUUAAAAGCUAAUGAAUAUAAGCAGGAAGAACCAGAAGACCAAAUGAAUAAUAACGAAAUCAACACAACAAAUAAUAACAGUUGUGGAGAAAGUCACGAUCAAUUAACAUCUAACUAUGUUUUACAUAAAAUUGAAGCAACAAAUUCACCAAAAAAGACUAUUCCUAAAAAAGAAAAAUUUUCAGAAAAAUCAAAUCCAGCUCUGAAAUGUAUUGAAAAUAAGACAUCUUGUGAUAAAAAAACAAAUCCCAUGCAAAUAUACAUAAAAAUUCCAAAAAUUAGUCCCACUAAUUAUAACAAUGAGUCUUUAAGUACAAUGAGAGAAAUGGAAAACAUUAAUAUUGCUCCUGAGUCUACAGAUUGUUUAAAUACUCCUGAAAAUAAUUUAUUAAUAUCAAAUAUUACAAAAUUAAAAAACUCGAAUAAAUCAAAUAUAGUUGUAAUAAAUGAAAGCAUACUUAAACCUGGUGAUACACAACAUUUUGAAUUAUACAAGUGCCUGGAAUGCAGCAUCCAAUUUUUCUCAGUUGAUAACUUUAAGGAGCAUCAAAAAUUUCAUCAUUCUGCAUCGUCAUUUAACGAAAUAAAGACUUCUGAGCCCAUAUGCACACAUUUUUGUGUUUUAUGCGAAACAAAUUUUGAUUCUUUUUACGAUUUGCUUAAGCAUCGCAGCAAAUGUCGUAUUCAAAAUUCGUUUUCUACUAAAAAACCUAAUAAGAAUUUAAAAAACGUUUAUAAUUGUCCAAUGUGCUCAAAAACUUUUAUAUCAAAAUUAGCCUUGAAUAAUCACCGAAAAUAUAUUUGCAAGUAUCCGAGUGGACACAAAUUUAUUUGUAAAUAUUGCGGAGAUAAUUUUAAAAAGUGGAUAUUAUGCAGACGUCAUGAAAAAAUUUGCCGGAUUUCCCACCUUACAAUAAUUAACAAAAAAGAAGAUUUAACUAAGACAAAAAGAAAAGAAGAUAAUGGAAAACUAAAAGCGCCAAGUAAUGAGAAAAAAAAAAUUUUAAAUUGCAAAGAACAAGAAACCUGCAAAAGUCGAUAUUGUUGUGAAACAUGCAACAGGUCUUAUGACAGGUAUCAAAAUUUAAUUCGUCAUAAAAAAAUUCACAGACCUAAAGAGGAAUGGAAUUAUAAAUGUGGUAGUUGCGAGAAACGCUUUGAUCGCAUGUAUGAUUUAAAAAUACAUUUAAAAUCUGCAGAAUGUCCAUGUGUACCAUCAAAGCCAGAUACAAUAUUUUUUGUUUGUCAAAUAUGUGGCAAAAAAUUUAAAACAUUGCAAAUUCUCAAAGAGCAUGGUGUAACACAUUCAGAUAUGUUUUCAUACGUUUGCCAAAUAUGUAACAAAAGCUUUAAGGCCUUACGAAAUUUAAGACAACAUAAAAUUACUCAUACCAGUGCAAAAACGGUUCAAUGCGAUUUAUGUGACAAAACGUUUAAAAGAUUGAAUGGUUUACUACAGCAUAAAAGAGGUUUUCAUUUAAAAAUAAAACCUCAUGUUUGCGGAGUUUGCAAGCAUGCAUAUUCAUUAAAAGGAGAUAUGCUUCGAUGUAAGCAUAAAUAUUUAAAUGUAGAAUAAGUUAAUACACUUUUUUCAAUAGCUAGUCAGUGGCAAUUUUUUUUUUGUACUAGUCAAAUUUGCCCUAAGAAGUCUUAAAGUAUAUGAUAAUAAAUCUAAUUAAACUAUCAAAAUUGUAACUAUGUACUACUUUUCUAAUUUUUGAGAAAGGUUGAAAAUUUUUUAAUAGUUGUAAUAGCUCUUCAUUAC